AUGGGGGGAGCUUGUUCCAGGAAGCAGGACCAACGGGACAACGAGGAUGACCUACACAGAGGAGUCUCUGGAAGAUAUUUUAAAAGUGGGAGCUCAAAAUGGCUAAGAACUUCAUUUUCUAGAGCAUCUACGGACAUUAGUCAGGGGAUAGGGAGUUGUCCGUCUCUUAUGGAAUUAUGCAUUUAUAGGAUUCGGGAAGACAUAAACAAAUAUAGAACCUUCUCUAUGUUACCAAGGGAUAUAAGUCAACAGAUUUUUGAUGAUCUGGUCUGUUCCCAGUGCCUAUCUGAUCAUAUACUUGAAGCUUUUCGGGAUUGUGCUCUUCAGGAUAUUAAUCUGGGAGAAUACCCAGGAUUUAAUGACAGUUGGAUGGACGUCAUCUCUUCACAGGGUUCAUCUUUACUAUCCGUGGAUCUUUCGGAUUCUGAUGUUACUGAUUCUGGAUUGAUUAAUCUUAAAGAUUGCAGAAAUCUUCAAGCCUUGAAUUUUAAUUAUUGUGAUCAAAUUUCGGACCGGGGUCUGGAACAGAUCAGCGGUCUUUCAAACCUGACAACUAUAAGUUUUAGAAAGAAUAACUUGAUUACUGAUCAAGGAAUGCGUUACUUAUCUGGCCUAACCAACUUGGUAAAGUUGGACCUGGAGAGAUGUCCAAAGAUCCAGGGAGGCCUUGUUCACCUCCAAGGUCUUUCAAAGAUCAAGUCUCUGAAUGUCAAUUGCUGCAAUUGCAUAACUGAUGCUGAUAUGAAGGCUGUCUCAGGGCUUAGAAGCUUGAAAUCAUUACAAAUUGCAUCCAGUAAAGUUACAGACAACGGUGUGACCUUUCUGAAAGCUUUGCACAAGCUCGUACUUUUGAACAUGGAGGGUUGCCAUGUCACUGCUGCAUGCUUGGAGUCACUUUCAGUUCUUGGUGCCUUGCUAUAUUUGAAUCUAAGCAGAUGUAAUUUGACUAAUGAUGGCUCUGACAAAUUUUCAAAGCUGAAAACUCUUAAAGUAUUGAACUUGGGGUUCAACAACAUCUCAGAUGCUAUUUUGGUUCACCUGAAAGGUUUAACAAAUUUGGAGAGCUUAAACCUAGAUUCUUGCAGUAUUAGUGAUGAAGGGAUGAUUAAUCUUGCAGGUCUACAUCGUCUGAAAUUCUUGGAGUUGUCUGAUACUGAAGUUGGAAGUGGUGGAUUGCAUCAUCUCUCUGGUUUAGUUAAUCUGGAGAGUUUGAAUCUUUCCUUCACUGUCAUCACUGAUGGUGGUUUAAGAAAGUUGUCUGGUUUAUCAUCUCUCAAAUCUCUCAACUUAGACGCUCGUCAAAUUACGGAUAUUGGCCUUGCAGCUCUUACAAAUUUGACUGGGUUAACUCAUUUGGAUCUAUUUGGAGCACGGAUUACUGAUUCUGGAACUAAUUAUUUGCGAUCUUUUAAGAACCUGUGCUCCCUGGAAAUUUGCGGUGGUGGGUUAACUGAUGCUGGCGUGAAGAAUAUCAAAGAUCUUACAUCCUUGAAGCUUCUGAAUCUAUCCCAAAACCAUCACCUGACGGAUAAGUGUUUGAAAUCAAUUUCUGGACUCACUCAACUGGUUUCUUUGAACAUCUCAAAUUCUCGAAUAACAAGUGCGGGUUUGCAGCAUCUGAAGCCCCUCAAAAAUUUGAAAUCACUGACUCUGGAGUCCUGCAAGGUGACCGCCGAUGACAUGAAGAAGCUUCAAUCCACUGACCUCCCGAAUCUGUUCUAUUCUUAUUCUGACCUGGGUUUUGAUAAUCUUUUUAUGCUAAAACUAUCACGAACAGACGAUUUCUAUCGAACCAAACCCAAACCCGUCGCCGAUUCUUUUGGACCAAAGACCGCCAGCGCCGACUCGCGGUUUCUUUCUAGACGUCUUCCUGCUCUAUCCACACUGCCGCAGCAUUUAAGUACUGAGGUCCCCCCGAUCAUAACGUGGCCGCCAAUUCUUCCACCCUCCCUGACCAAAUUAUCCUAA